AUGACUGAACAAAACACCACCGCUAAAACCGACGGUUCCAUUACAACCUACUGUAUCGAGCACGCAAAGACCCAGCAAUCUAAAUGUGCCGCCUGUGAAAAGACGAUUCCCCACAAAUCCCUGCGUGUAGCCGAGAUCUUUAGAAAGAGUAAAAAGAUCAAGAAGGAUUUAGCCAAGCAUACAUGGUAUCAUUUCAAGUGUUUCAAAGUGCCUGAACUCUUGGUGCGUGUGCCAAUUGAACAAUUUAGAGGUUACCCUGCCUUGAAUGAAAAGGACAAAUCCCGUGUGCAAAGAGUGAUCCAGAGCGGUGUUGGAUCGUCUUGGGCUGAUUUGAUGGAAAAGGCUAAACCUGUCAAGACAGAAGAAGAAUUAGAGGCUGAUAAGGAAGAGCAAGCCAAAAAGGACAAGAAGAGAAAGGAGGACGAGGACAGCAUGAAUAUGGACAUGACAGCAAUCUUGACAGGCACUCAACAAAAAUCCACUAGCAACAAGUCAAAAGCUAAUAAAAAGCCAGUGCCAGCAUCUCCAUCAUCAGACAAGAAGGCUUCCACAGCAGAGCAAAAGAACAAAAAGGCAUUGAAGGCCAAGACAGACAAAAAGUCCAAGGUGACCAAGAACAAGGCCACUGCUGCUGCUGCCGUUGCUCCUCCAGUCAAGGAAGUGAAGCUUCCCAAGGAAGAUUUGGAUGAAUUACAAAACUUUGCAAAGGAGUUUAAGGCAUUUAAAUAA